CCAUCCAGAAGCUCCAAGGAGGCUUUUGAAAUUUUCUUGUACGUACCAGAAGUUUCUAAAUGCCUGACAGUAUGAGAAUGACUGCAGAGGACACACCACGUACAUGGGUAAGCUCAGUGCUUCUGAAAUCCAUCAGGCUGCUUCUGCGGUGUUACCGUGCUCAGUAAACGUUACAAAUGCCUCUGUAGAUAUAACAGCAGUAAGAUUGAUGCUUUCUAUCCACCUGUGACCCAUCAGCCCACGUACCGAUUUCAGCCUCUAAGCAAUGCUGUGCUGCUCCCCACAAAACACGAGGCAUUUGGUGAGAUCCCCCCGGGCUGUAAGACCUCCCUGCAGCCUUUAAAGGCUUCAGAAGGAUGACUUAAAUUGGCACAUCUUCGUGGAAAGCCGAUACGCUCGUCUGGGGAAGCGAUGCUUGCUCUGCUCCCUUCCUUCCCCGCCGGGACCUGCCACCUGCUCCUGGUGGGGAGCGGCGAGAGGGGCACGGCCCAAACCCUGGUUUCCAACCGGUAGGUCUCCCCUCGUCCCGCAGCGCGGAGGAGCGGGGCUGUGGCGGUGCGGGCGCAGCGCCGUCCCGUGCGGGCAGGUCGGAGCCCGCCGGCCUUCCCCGCCCUCUCCAGGGCUCGUUUUUUUGGAAAACCGAGCGCCGAUCCACGUGCGGCGCUGACGGGGUCGCAAAGGGGAUAAAAAAAGAACAACAGCGGAAAACAGCCCGGCGCGCCUCUCAGCUAUCACCACGUUAUCACCUGCGUGUGCCUGGAAGGAGGCUCUUCCCUCCGCUGAGGAAAAUCAGCUUAGGAAAGCAAAGUUUGAACAGCGAAUUCCUGUUAUUUCUAAGCACCCCAUGUGACAGGAUAUUUCCUUAUCGUUUCGAGCCCGGAGCUUUCCCCCGAUCCACCGGCCCUUCACAAGUGCGGCGGAGCUGCCCGGCGGGCUCCUCUCCUCGCAGCGGCGAUGGCUCCCGCCCCGCUCCUGCUGCUCCUCGCCGUUCUCCCCGGCGCUUUUCCUCUGCUGGAUACUAGCACCUUUUUAAUAUAUAAUGAAGAUCACAAGCGCUGUGUAUUGGCUCAGAGUUCUAAUUCAGUGACUACUGCUCCUUGUGUUCAAGAAAAUGAGUCUCAAAAAUUCAGGUGGGUCUCAGAUCACCAGCUUAUGAGCAUAGCAUUCAAAUUGUGCUUGGGAGUACCUUCGAAGAAAGACUGGGUUCCGAUCACUCUGUAUCCUUGUGACAAGGCUAGUGAACUUCAGCGAUGGGAAUGCAGAAAUGAGACUCUCUUUGCAAUCCAAGGGGAAGAUUUGUUUUUCAACUAUGGAAACAGACAGGAAAGGAAUAUUAUGCUUUACAAGGGAUCUGGUUUAUGGAGUAGGUGGAAAGUCUACGGAACUACAGACGAUCUGUGUUCUCGAGGCUAUGAAGAUACCUACACAGUGAGAGGAAAUGCUGAGGGAGCACCUUGUGUAUUCCCUUUUAAAUUUGGUAAUAAGUGGUAUGCUGACUGCACAGAUGCUGGCAGAGCAGAUGGCUGGUUCUGGUGUGGAACCACUGCAGACUAUGAUGUUGACAAGAGAUACGGAUUUUGCCCGCUGAAAAUUAAUAGUAUUGAUUCGUUGUGGAAUACCGAUCCUCUCACAAAUGUCCAAUAUCAGAUAAACUCUGAGUCAGCGCUAACGUGGCAUCAGGCAAGAAAAAGCUGUCAACAACAGAAGGCUGAGUUAUUAAGUAUCACAGAGUUGCACGAACAAACAUACCUAGCAGGUUUGACUGGCAAGCUGAGUUCUGCUCUGUGGUUUGGCCUUAACAGCCUGAAUUUUGACAGCGGUUGGCAAUGGGUUGGUGGUGCUCCAUUUAGAUACUUAAAUUGGGUUCCAGGGCAUCCUUCUCCAGAACCUGGAAAAAUCUGUGCAGCAUUAAAUCCUGGCAAAGUUGCCAAGUGGGAGAAUUGGGAAUGCAACCAGAAGCUCGGCUAUAUUUGUAAACGAGGAAAUGCUACUUUAGCAUCUUUCGUUGUUCCCACCGAGACUGAUGUGCCUAUUAGAUGUCCUGACCAAUGGAUAUCAUAUGCUGGUCACUGUUACAUAAUUCACAGGAACCCCAAAAUAUGGAAAGAUGCCUUAACAUCUUGCAGAAAGGAGGAUGGGGAUCUGGCUAGCAUCCAUAAUGUUGAAGAGUACAGCUUUGUUAUUUCUCAGCUUGGGUACCAGCCAGAUGAUGAACUUUGGAUUGGGUUGAAUGACCUCAAGGUUCAGAUGUAUUUUGAAUGGAGUGAUGGGACACCUGUCACCUAUGCCAAGUGGCUUCGUGGAGAACCCACUCAUGCAAACAAUAGGCAGGAGGACUGCGUUGUUAUGAAGGGAAAGAAUGGAUUUUGGGCGGACCAUUCUUGUGAAAAGAAAAAUGGCUACAUCUGUAAAAGGAAGCCCCUGUCAGAAGCACCUACAGAAGAGGAAACUAUUGGCAUGGGCUGCCAGAGAGGCUGGAAAAGGCAUGGUUUUUAUUGUUACUUCAUUGGGAAUACAUUUGUAACGUUUUCUCAAGCAAAUCAAACCUGUGAAAGGCAUCAAGCGUAUUUAGCGACUGUUCAAGACAGAUAUGAACAAGCCUAUCUGACUAGCCUGGUUGGGCUGAAAACAGAAAGAUACUUUUGGAUUGGACUUUCAGAUGUAGAAGAAAAGGGAACUUUCAAGUGGGCUAAUGGCGAAUAUGUCUUAUUUACACACUGGAAUUCUGAAAUGCCUGGAAGAAAGCCAGGCUGUGUUGCCAUGAGAACUGGAACUGCAGGUGGAUUAUGGGAUGUAAUAAAAUGUGAGGAAAAGGCAAAAUUCCUAUGCAAAAUGUGGGCAGAGGGAGUGACGCCUCCACCUGUUCCUACAACAACUCCUGUUCCCAGUUGUCCAGAGGGUUGGGACUCAAACAAUCGUAUUAGCUUUUGUUUCAAACCUUUUUCAAAAGGAGAGCAAAAGAAAACAUGGCUUGAAUCUCAAGAGUUUUGUCGAACUAUAGGAGGAGAUCUGGCCUCCAUCAAUGGUAAAGAAGAGCAGUAUGUGAUCUGGCGUUCUAUUGCAAACAAUGGUUUUUACCACCAGCAUUUCUGGAUGGGCUUAUAUUACCUGAAUCCUGAUGAUGGCUUUGUCUGGAGUGAUGGAUCUCCGGUGAGGUAUGAGAACUGGGGCUUUGGGGAACCCAAUAAUUACCAAGGAAUUGAACUCUGUGCAGAGAUAAGUGGUGAUUCAAGCAUGCUUUGGAAUGACAGGCACUGUGAUUAUCUAUAUGGAUGGAUCUGUCAGAUAAGAAAAGGUGCAAGUUUAAAGCCUGAACCAACAGAAUCUCCUGUACCCAAGUAUGUGACUACUGAGGAUGGAUGGAUUAUAAAUGAAGACAGACAUUAUUAUUUCAGCACAGAGAGUGUUCCAAUGGAAAAAGGUCGAGAGUUUUGCAAACAGAACUUCGGAGACCUUGCAGUCAUUGAGAGUGAAACUGAAAGAAAGUUCCUCUGGCGAUAUAUCUUGAAAAAUGGCAAAGAGGAAGCAUAUUUCAUUGGUUUGCAACUGAGUGUUGAUCAAAGGACAAGCUGGAUGGAUGGCACACCAGUGAAUUAUUUGGCAUGGGCACCACAUGAACCUAACUUUGCAAAUAAUGAUGAAAACUGUGUAGUCAUGUAUAAAAAUUUAGGAUUUUGGAAUGAUAUAAAUUGUGGUUAUCCAAAUCCCUACAUAUGUGAAAGGCACAACAGUUCCAUUAAUUCCACAGUUCCUCCAACAACAUUUUCAACUCCAAGAGGAUGUAAUCCAACUUGGCUUUCCUUUCAGAAUAAGUGUUACAAAAUAUUUGGAUCUACAGAAGAUGAACGUGUCACUUGGCAUGCUGCACGAACAGCUUGCAUGAAUUUAGGAGGAAACCUGGCUGCUAUCCCUAAUGAACAAGUGCAAGCUUUCCUCACCUUCCACGUGAAAGAUUUUCUUACUGACACAUGGAUUGGAUUAAAUGAUAUAAAUCAUGAACUGAAGUUCCUCUGGACAGAUGGAACAGGAGUUUACUUUACAAAUUGGGCCAAAGGCUUCCCAUCAGGACAUAUGGGAUCAUACUCAUACGAUGGCCAGGCUGAUUGUGUUGUCAUGAGAAAUAAUCCUGUUAAGGAAGCAGGGAAGUGGGCUGAUGAGAGUUGUGAUAACAACAGAGGAUAUAUAUGCCAAAUUAAAGCAGAUGCUGAGUUUCUCCCUUCUACAACUACAGACCCAACAAGCAUUAUCCGUUAUGGGAACAGUAGUUAUUUGUUCAUCCAUACCAAAAUGAAUUGGGAAGAUGCACGAGAAAACUGCAAACGCGAUCAGUUUGACCUUUCCAGCAUCUUAGACCCCUACAGUCAUUCAUUCCUGUGGCUAAAGAUAUUAAAGUAUGGGGUGCCUAUAUGGAUUGGUCUUAACAGUAAUGUGACGAAUGGACGUUAUGAGUGGAUUGAUAACUGGAGAAUGAAGUAUACUAAGUGGGCUGAAGGGGAGCCAAAGCAAAAAAUAGGCUGUGUUUAUCUAGACAUUUCUGGAUCCUGGAAGACGGGAUCCUGCAAUGAAAGUUACUUCUCUGUUUGCAAAAAACCUGAUGUUCAAGCUCCUACUGAGCCACCUCAGCUUCCAGGAAAGUGUCCUGAAUCAGAAGGACACCGUUCUUGGAUUCCUUUCCGAGGUCACUGUUACUAUGUAGAAUCUUCAUCAACAAGGAACUGGGCUCAGGCAUCAUUAGAAUGUCUUCGACUGGGUGCCUCUUUGGUAUCAGUUGAAGACUCAGCUGAAGCCAGCUUUCUGACAUACAUAAUUGAACCACUUGAAGGGAAGACAUCAACAUUUUGGACUGGAAUGUACAGAAAUGUAGAUGGAGAAUGGCUGUGGCUAGACAACACUGUGGUGAAUUUUGUCAACUGGAAUACCGGAGAACCUUCCCCUCAACAAAAUGAGCACUGUGUUGAAAUGUAUGCAAACUCUGGAUACUGGAAUAAUAUCUAUUGCACUUCCUACAAAGGCUAUGUUUGUAAAAAGCUAAAAACAACUGAAAUACUGCCAUCAGCUGAAAUGCCACCAGCUGAAAUGCCUACAAAGGCAAUGACGAAGGAUGAGGAGGCCCCUUCUCUAAGCCAUGGUAAAACAGGAAUUGUAGUUAUUGUUGUCAUCAUCAUCCUUGCUGGAAGCAGCCUUGCUGGCUAUCUCUUCUACAGAAGAAGAAAGAAUCGCUUGUCAACAAAUGACAGCUUUGAGAACAAUUUGUAUUUUAAUAGUGAUGGAACUGGAGACACAAAGGAUCUUGUGACCAACAUAGAACGGAAUGAACAUGCAACACUAUAGUAUAAUAAAAUUAAUGUAAUAUGUAAUGUAAUACGUAAUGUAAUGUGCCUUGUUUUAAUAAAAUUAUGCAACUACAGUUGCAUAUUUUCUCAGUGCAAAUACUGUAUUAGCCAGUUUUACUGUGUGCAUAAUAUUGCGUACAGCAUUAUGUUUAUUUCAUAACCAUCUUGUGUAAGAUUUCACAUCUCAUGAUCUUAGGGAAAAAGAUAAUGCUAAUUAUUAAAUGGAACAAUAGAAAUGGAUGCAGUAAACAAAGUGGAAUUUAGGUAGAUUCAUUUAAGCUGUCAAGAUUUGAAAUUUCUGCACCAAAUUCAGUUCAGACCAUGUAGUGAUACACAGAAUCUUCAAGCUAUUCAACAAACAUCUCUAAUUCUGCCAGCUCUCAAGUACUCCCAAUGGCAUAACUACAGUGAUAGUUGCUAAGUAACAAACCUGUGUUUAGACAUCCUCAUUGAACCAAGAAUCUGAAAAAAUCCUUUCAUAGCAAAAUUCCAAUUCCUGUGAUUUCACACAAUGUGGAGAACCAAGUAUUUAGCUCUCGUUGCUUAUCUCUUGUAAGAUUUGAUUGGGUAAAAAUGGGAGGCAGGCCUUUGAAAUGGAAAAAGCUUGGUUGGCUGGAGUUCUUGCUGGCUACAAGUGGACUUUUCUGGGAGAGACAAUGAAGUUAACAGCAAAAUUUCCUUCUUAUCAGAACAGUUACUGAGGGAGUGGGGGAACAUUACCAGUAUGCAUUCUGAAGGCUUGUAGGAGCAAUGUGUUUUGAUAAUCACAUGUUGCUUUUUUAUACCCUCACAAUCAAUGACAUAGAUUUGUGAGGUGUUUGCUGGAAGUCAGGAAAAAUUUUGUCUUAACCAAUGUAUCCAUUAGUACCGACUUUGUUUCCUUUCAGAAAUGGCUAGAUCAGUUACCAUUUACAUAAUUCUUAAAUUUCCAAAUGUGGGGUUUAUAUUUCUAAUUUUUCCAAAUCUUAUAAAAAACAAAUCAUAUGUGAUUUUUCAUUCACACAUAAAGGUGUAUGAUAUUUGAUUUUGUGGUUUCAGAUUUGUUCUGUGAAAUAAACAGUGGCUAGCUUUGAUUUUUAAAUGGUUUUGCAUUGUAUAGUCUUGCCUGUGUAAGGCUGUAAUAGGAUAAACUUAAAUAGAAGAAGAGACAAUCCUGGAGAUAUUCUAAUCUGAACUGUGAUCAAAUAACAACUGUAUUUUCCUGUAUCUAUGCACGGAUUAUAUGCUUAAAACCAAGUCAAAAAUGCCAGCUUAAUGAUCUGGAUUUUAUAUUUUUGUAGUGAAGACGGGGAAAUCUGUUCUGGAGUCCCUUUUCUCUUUCUGCCCAUCUCCUUUUCUAAUAACAAUAGCAGAUAUAUCUUCUAUUUUCUUUUUUAACACACAUUUGUUCAAGCUUGUCAUUUUGAGGAUUAUUACUUAAUGGUUCUUCAUCCCAGCUGGUGUGGUUUACAAACCAGAAACUUCCUGUUCAACUUCGAUUAGUGAUGUUAAAGAUGAUGAUAUUUCAACAAUAUUGUUGAAACAGAAAGAAACAUAUGUGAAAGGGGCAGAGAAAUGCUGAGAGGUUGUGAUUGGAAUCCUAGCUUUUGUUUUUGCACAACAGCCAGUGCAAAAACAAAUUAGUGCAUUCUCUGUCGAAAAGAAGUUUAGUCCUGUUCUGAGGCCCUUCACAAUCCUGAAGAUCUCAAAUCACAGCGAAUGAUUCUUCUGGACAACAUUUUGUCAUGCGUAUGUGUGCCAGUGCAUUAGUGGAAAGAAAACAAAGAUUGAAGAGAUGUCUCAUUUCCUUGUACUCUGUCAUACUUUGUAGGUACAUCUCUGCAGCUGAAGUCUGACUGGGAGAGAACCCAGCUUCUGGAGCCUGGCUUAUUCUGAAUUCAUUUAUUCAUUCUUAGCUGAAUGCCACUUAAUAGCUAGCAUUAGGUGUAGCUACUUCUGUGUAAUGCUGUUUCCUUUCUACUCUAAGACAUGUAAGAUUUUCGGAGGAAUAUGAUAUUUAAGCUGCAUGCUUUACUGUCCUUCCAAUUGCAAUACAAUGGGAUUGGAGCAAAUCUCCCAUGAGAAAGAGCAAACAUGAAAGCAGUGGCAUUUAUAGCACAGAACAUCACUUAAGUUCCAUUUAGUUAGCUUAAGAUGAACAUUGAUACGCUAGAUAUGAUGUAUACAGUAAUGACAAUUUGACAAUUUUUCAAUUUUUGAAUGGAAAGCAGGGAAAACAACUUGAUUAUUUUAAACAAUAUCUAAUUAACAUAAGAUGAAAUGGACUUGUGACCAUUUCAAUUUCCUUUUUUUUUUUUCCUCCUUUCACAUAGUUCCCGUUAGACUGAAUGCAGAGCACAAAGUUUUUAAAAUCAUAAUUUCUUUGGUCAUAUAAAUCUUCAAGAAAGGUUGAGUAGUUCUCAAGAGAAUGUGGAAAGAGAAAUACCUUGUUAUUUCAGUCUAACCAGGACUGAGCUGGAUUGCAGUGGUUCAAUUGAACAUUGUUUGGUGAUCUGGCAACGUGUCCUCCUUUCCUGCUGCUAAGCUAUCAUAUUCCUGACAAGCAACUAAAUGCUUAGAAAAGUUUCCAAGAUUGGGCUUGGUAAACUGUUCGUGUUGCUUCAUAUGCAUGAGUAAAAUCAGUACAUCUUAUUGUCAUGUCACCAUUUCUUUCAGCUGUUCUUUGCUACAGGCGGUUAUUCCUUAUGGAAGCUGUCUUCUCUCCUAAGCAUCCUUAUUGCUUUUUGCUCUCUUAUUUUGUGUCCUGAGUAGAUCCUGCUACUUGGGUCUUGCUUUUCUGAAAUAUUCUUGCUAUUAAAAAAAAAAAAA